AUGGACCCCUUCGCCCCUCCUCCAAAGCCGAAAACGGCACUCGGAUGGCACCGCGUGCUAUCGCCCACUGCUAACGUCAAAGUAUCGCCGAUUGUCCUUGGUGGCAUCAGCAUCGGCAAUUCAUGGAGCAAGCUAUUCGGAAAAAGCGAAGAUCCGUUUUCGUUGCUUGAUGCGUACUACGACCUCGGUGGAAACUUCAUUGACACGGCCAAUACGUACAAUUCGGAGGAGUCCGAGAAGCUAAUUGGGGAGUGGAUGGAAAAGCGCGGAGUUCGAGAUCAGAUGGUCGUUGCCACCAAGUUUGGUGCUGGUUAUCGCGCAUAUAAACAUGAGAAGGAGCCGCUGCAGAGCAACUUUACUGGUCCUUCGGCAAAGAGUAUGCACAUAUCGGUGCGAGACAGCCUGCGCAAGCUGCGAACGGAUUACAUCGACAUUCUUUACGUACACUGGUGGGAUGUCGCAUGCUCUGUGCAAGAGGUAAUGCGCCAUCUCCACGCAUUAGUGAUGGCUAAGCAGGUCCUCUACAUUGGCGUCUCAGACACACCAGCAUGGGUAGUGGUCAAAGCGAACGAGUUCGCUCGACGGAACGGCCUAACUCCUUUCUCACUCUACCAAGGCAGAUGGAACGCUGCAUUCCGCGACAUGGAAUCUGAGAUUAUCCCAAUGUGUGAAGACCAAGGCAUGGCCAUUGUCUCAUGGGCUUCGCUCGGCGGCGGUCAACUCGUGGCUGCAGAACAGCGGAAGAAGUUUGGGGAAGACCCAAAUGCAGGCAAAGGCUACUACAAUGCGUCGGAAGACGACAUCAAAGUAUGUCAUGUGCUGGAGCGAUUGGCGAAAGCGAAGAAUGCAACGCUACAAGACAUUGCACUCGCAUAUCUCUUCCACCAGUCUACUCACGUCUUCCCCAUCGUUGGCGUGCAAACUGUUGAGCAUGUCAAACUUUUGCCCGCUGCGAUGGGCGUCAAGCUAUCAUCCGAAGAGAUCGAUGAGAUACACGGUGCGGCUCCAUUCAACCCGCUGUUUCCCAACACAUUCCUGUUCGAGGGGAGAUAUAACACUCGUUUGACUGUUGCGGAUCAGAUCCAUUAUCAAAUGGCGACGUGGAUCGAUGCACCGCCAAAACAGGCGUCUUAUUCGCCGCGCUCAGGAAAGAAUGAAUAG